AUGACGUCGUUAAGUUACCAACAGCGCAACACGCAGGCUGUUAAGGUGAUUCUUUCUGAGCUAUAUGUCACCUGGGCGACCAGUGAUGGGGGAAUGUUGGAGAUCCAAAAGGCGGUAGAGGAACUACUGAGUGCGGCGCAGAAGCAGCGGCACACCAACGGCGCCCCAGCGGAUGGUCUCCUCACUUCCAAUCAACCGUCCUCCCAAUCGCAAUCGCAGGCUCAGCGGUCGGGAGAGCCGUUCCCCGCCCACCACGUCGACCCUCACGGGCGGAGCGCCUCCCCGCCCCCCUCCCCGCCCGGCCGCCCCCGCCGCCGCGGCCCCGACGAUGUCUCUCACACCCCGAGCCCCGUUCAGGCCGCCCGCUUCUUCGGCGUCGACGAGUUGGACUUCUCACACCGCGCAGUAUCACCCGGCGGCUCCAGUCCCGCUGCCUCACCGAGCUCACAGCAUCAUGUAAGACCUGUCGUGGACCCAAUGGCCCCUGUUCCGCACGUUGGCAGUAGUAGUAGCGGAACUAUUUCACCCCCGGCGGCGCACUCCCUCGGUGGUGCUAAUUUUGACACAAGUAUUAAUACUGCUAUGGUGGUAGGAGAAGUGUUUAACACGCUAGAUACAUCUAAUUUAGGAGGAAGUAUAACACAGUCUCAGCGUUUUGUUCACUCAUCAGGUAGUUUUGCUUCAAUGCCACCAGAAAAUGUAAAACGUGCAACUGUUAAUGAUAUUCCAAUCUUCUAUAGUGCAGCAGAUACGAAAGGUGUACGAAAAACUUUACCAGAAGUAGAGGAAGAAGCGUUAAAAAAUUUCUUUGCUAUCAAGGGUUCCGCAGUUAAUCGAAAAGUGUUGUCAGGAUCUACUUUACCGAUGGACACAACUAAAACUGUGCGAAAAGGUCAAUUUGGAAAACUUUGCCAAGAUGUUUUUAGAGUACCAACAUGGAUGAAAGACGCACUUUUUCGUCGUAUAGCUCUUGCUUCAGGUACUACCGAAUCGGUAGCUCUUACCUAUGACCAGAUAUCAAAAUUUUAUUAUAAUGUUUUUGGUUAUCUUACAGUAAACCGACGUCUCUUUGAAUUGAUUAGAACCGAUCCUAAAUCUGAGUUUUUGACUCUUCAAGAUUUUAAAGAUACCGUACGUUAUUUAGUGGAUUCCCACCCUGGACUAGAAUUUCUUAAACAACCAGAAUUUCAAGAGUAUUAUUGUCGCACCGUGGCUAUCCGUAUUAUGUACGCAUUAGAAAGACAACAAAGUGGUCGUAUAAGUUGGUUUGACUUUGAUCGAAGCGAUUUACCUGAAGUAAUGCAAGAAGUGGAUGAAAAAGAUGUAAAUCUGGUACUUCAGUACUUUUCUUAUGAACAUUUCUAUGUAUUGUACUGUAAAUUCUGGGAGUUAGAUACAGAUCGUGAUCAACUUGUUGGAUUUGAUGAUUUGUGCAAGUAUGGUCAAGGAUCUAUUUGUAUGUCUGUAUUAAAACGUGUGGUAGAGGGUGCCGGACGACCAUUAACCUCAGGUGAACCAGGAAAACUUGAUUUUGAAGACUUUGUUUACUUUUGUCUUUCUGAAGAAGAUAAAAAUAGUAAUCCAGCUGUGUAUUACUGGUUUAGAGUCCUUGAUGUUGAUGGUGACGGUAUUCUUAGUGGUUAUGAACUUUAUGAAUUUUAUCAGGAAAAUAACCAACGUUUUCUAGAAUAUGUGGAAAGUCCGGAUGGAGAUCUUUCAUACGCUGAUAUGAUGUGUCAAAUGAUGGAUAUGCUUGGAUUUUGGCGUAUGAAAGAUGGCGAUAUUGGUAUAACACUUAGUGAUCUUCGUGCAUGUCCUACACCAUCAAACUUCUUUAAUAUGGUGUUUAAUGCUCCCAAGUUUAUGUUAUUUGAGCAUCGUGAUCCUUUCUCAGAACAUCAGCAAAGGUUAAAGCCGGAAAAAACGGAUUGGGAUCGCUUUGCACGGGCUGAAUACGACCGAAUGGCAAGUGAGGCUCAGUAA